GCCAUUGCCAUAUCACUGUGAAUAAAAUAUAACGUUUCGUCUUUCACGAUUUCUGUCUGGCAAAGACAAGACAUGGCAGAGAGUAGCAUUGCAGGUUCAGACAGGAUGCCUCCUCUGACGGACCUCAAAUUGAACGAGAUAGGGGAGGCUCUGGGGGUCAACGAGAAUGUGAUGACGCUUGGACUACAUCUAGGUUUCCCACGACCCAAGAUGGAAAUGUUUCUUGCCACUAAUCGAGCUGAUGGCAAUGUGUCUCCUAAAGGCACCAAGAAUAUGCUAUUUGCAUGGAGGAACACGACUCCCAGCGCGAAACAGGUCGCAGAGCUUCGUGAUGCAUUGGUGAAAGCCGAUUUGAGACUCGUUGCCGAUGAACACCUGUGAUUUCAAGUGAAACUUUUAGAGGACGAGACAGGUUGAUGUCUCUGGAAUGUAAACUGGGUUUUGAUCAUUCGAAGGUACCGAGUUUUGGUUUAAGCCUAUGUUUAAAACAGAUAGCCUGGCGCCUCUCAGACACUAACAGAAUAUUACAACAUGAGUCGAUUUCUUCAGAGUUAUGAUUCUAUUUGAAUAUUUGAAGGAACCGUUUGUUCGGUUAUAUCUAUAACUGAUGGCAUGGUCAGUAUUUCAAAAGGCACCGAAAUUAUAUGUGCAUGCAGGAACAGGACUCCCGGGUCGAAUCAGGCUCAGAAUCCAGGAUGCGUGUCCAGGAUCUCCGGGCAGCAUUACUAAAGAACAUCUACAUGGAUUUCAGUUAGUUAAGACCACGAAAACUUCUUUAGCUGCCUGUAAAAAC